UAUAUGCAUGAUAUAGAGAAGACAUGUUAAGAUUGACUACAAGAACUCAAACUCAAAUGAAGAUUUGAUACGUUUUAUAUUAUUUUGUAAUGAAUUAUAUGAAAUGCAAUAACUUUUAAACAUGGUUGUUUGAUAAACUCCUUUGCUUUUAAACUAAAACAACUGUUGUAUUAACGAUACUUUCUUACUUACUCUAUGGUAUUUUUAUUUUUACCUGGCAUCAUUCAUUGAGAAUUUGAAAAUAGAAUCAAGUUUUGACAUUUUCGGCCGUUAGAUGUUUUGGAUUUUUUUGGUAAUUGCCAAUUUCUUCGCAAUUUAUAGAUAGGUUUUAUAAUACAAUGCGUACUGUUUAAUUUAUGAACAAAGGAAAGAAAAUAUACCACGAACUUUCGAAUAAUGGGUAGCAAUACAAGUAAACCGCAUCAGGAACCUGUUCAGCAAUCAUGGAUGGAGAUUGAAACAGGCGACACUUCUGAUCCGAGAUCACCAACCCCUGAAAUAGUUCGAACACCCUUACAGGGUAAAGGCGGUUCAAAACACAACAUAACAAAGAAUGUUGACCUAAGAAAGACAUUUGAAAACGCAAAAGAAGAUGGAAAACUUAUACACAAUAACCCGAUUCUUUCUGCGGUGAUAAAAAAUCAUUUGCAAUCUUACGAUCCUAGGUCUCCAACACAAGACUUUGAACGUACACCAAUUGUAAUUAUGGCUAAAGAUGAGAAACAAUCGAGGCUACAUGAGGACAGUUGUGAUAGUCCAAUAUUCAGAGAUGAUAAUGGUAUUGAUUUAGAUUUUUGUGAAGAAGUAUCUAAAAACACAGAUUCAAUUGUGCCUAAAAAUUUGUGUAAUGAAUUUUAUGAUUUAUCUUUAAAUGGUACCAUAAAAGAGAGUGAAGAACCACUAGGAUCAUCUACAGCUUCAAAUGAAGCUAUAGAAAAUAAUAUUUCUCCAAAUCAUGUGGAGAAAACAGCCAAACUUCUAGAGACAAACUUUGAUUUUUGUGAAAAUGAGAGUAAUGACAAAUUUGAAGAUAGUGUAGAGAAUAUAAUCAAGGUUGAUAGUAUGAGUGAUAAUGAUGUAAAGAAUAUCCCAUUAUUCAAGAUACUUAAUGAUGAUCCUAGGUCGCCAUCAGUUGGUAUAGAACGCACACCAAUAGUGGUUGCUAAAACAAAUGAAAAGACAGCUAUAAGUAAUGUUGAAGAUAUGUCAGAUGACUCUUUAAUCAAAGUUUUGCAGAAUACCAAUGUUGAACUACGACAAACCGGCACUAAACCACAUGACAACAACACUGAUGGUUUGCUUAUUUAUGAAGAUGAGGCACCAUCUUUAAAUGAUACCCCAAAAAAAUCAAAAUCAUCAAGCAAUAGUGGUAGUAGGACCCCUCUAUCAUGUAUGAAAAACAAAACUGAAACUGGGCACAGUAGAUCUAAAUCAGCCAAUACCUUAUUUGAUCCAAAAAAUCAGAACAUAAUUCAACAAAAACUUGCUAAACGUACAUCACAUAUACCAAGACUGAAAUCUCUGUCUAAACAAACUAAAGUAAUCACAACCGGUAGUACUAUAUCACUGAAAAACAUUUCUAGAGUUUCAGUUAUUGGUGGAGACUGUGAGAAUACACCACCACAUUCACACCGUGAUAGAUGGGAUAAAGAUAACAGUAUUGUACUUUGAUCUCCACAUUUCCUGUGGUAUAGUUAUUAAGGUGAUAUCAAUCAAAAUCUGUUAAUUAAAACCUGUUAUAUUGAAGCAUGAGGUAUGAUUAGCAAAUUUGACUUUCAAUAAACUCAAUCAUCAACUUAAUUGUUAAUUCCUAUAUUAAGUACUUUUUAGAAACUGAAAUAAAUGUUUGAAAAAUAGUAUUUCUUUCAUUGUCAUGUAGUGCAAAAUGCAGUGAAUAGAUGUCAAACAAGGAUUAACAGAAGU